UCCACGUAGGCUGCCUACCAUUCAUUUUAUGUAACCGAACUUUACCCCCAAAACAAAUUAUUAUUCUUCCGUAUACAUUAUAAUAUAUAAUUAAUUGACGCAAUUAUUAUUUACUACGUCAGACCGAGAAUAAUUCAAAUAGUACGGAAUCGAACACUGAAUCAUUUUGUUUUAAUUCAACCGUUUAGUUCGACGCUCACUCCGGUUUCUCGCGCAUCGAAUAUCAACCUAACUUAAUAGUAUUCUACCUCUCUAAAGUAAUUAAUAAUUAAUAAAAAAUUAAUCGUGUUACGAUUAUUGCCUAAAUAAGUUAGCCGUAUUAUUUUUAACGUUCGACGACAAUGGCGAAAAUCAGUGCUGGACCUGUUGUUGACAUUUUGGGCGAUGAGAUGACCCGCAUUAUCUGGGAUUUGAUCAAGGAAAAACUCAUCCUGCCAUUUUUGGACAUCGAACUCCAUGUAUAUGACUUGGGCAUGGAAAACCGAGACUUAACUAAUGAUCAAGUGACAUUAGACUGUGCCGAAGCCAUUAAAAAAUAUAAUGUCGGAAUUAAAUGCGCUACGAUCACGCCCGACGAAAAGCGAGUCGAAGAAUUCAAGCUGAAGAAAAUGUGGAAAAGCCCCAACGGUACAAUUAGGAACGUUCUUGGUGGUACAGUAUUCAGGGAAGCCAUAAUAUGCAAGAACAUUCCUAGGCUGGUUACUGGAUGGGAAAAACCGAUUAUAAUCGGAAGACAUGCUCAUGCUGACCAAUAUAAGGCUACAGAUUUCAUUGUUCCUGGAGCUGGCAAACUUACAUUGACAUGGACCUCUAAUGAUGGUAAAGAUAAAAUUGAAGAAGUCGUCAACGAUUUCAAAGGUGCAGGAGUAGCAUUAGGAAUGUUUAACACAGAUGCAUCUAUUAUUGAUUUUGCACAUUCUUCUUUCAAGUUUGCUUUAUCAAGGGAACUUCCAUUAUAUUUAAGUACUAAAAAUACCAUCUUAAAAAAAUAUGAUGGUCGUUUUAAAGACAUUUUCCAAGAAAUUUAUGAUACACAAUACAAACCAUUGUAUGAAGCUAAAGGUAUUUGGUAUGAACAUAGAUUAAUUGACGACAUGGUGGCCUAUGCUAUGAAAUCUGAAGGAGGAUUUGUGUGGGCGUGUAAAAAUUAUGACGGUGAUGUUCAAUCUGAUUCUAUUGCCCAGGGUUAUGGAUCAUUGGGUUUAAUGACAUCUGUGUUGAUUUGCCCUGAUGGUAAAACUGUUGAAUCAGAAGCUGCUCAUGGCACUGUCACAAGACAUUAUCGUAUGCAUCAACAAGGUAAAGAAACGUCUACUAAUCCAAUUGCAUCCAUCUUUGCAUGGACACGAGGAUUGUUGCAUAGAGCAAAAUUAGAUAACAAUCAAAAAUUGGAAAAUUUUGCCAACAAAUUGGAAGAAGUUUGCAUUGAAACAAUGGAAGCAGGAUUCAUGACUAAAGAUUUGGCCAUUUGCAUUAAAGGAAUGAAUGGUGUUCAAAGAUCUGAUUAUCUGAACACAUUUGAAUUUUUGGACAAAUUGGCUGAAAAUUUGAAACUUAAAUUAAAUCUCUCAUGCAAAUAGUAAUUACUAUAAAUAUCUAAGCUUACAUUUUUGGCUAUGUUUUAUUUUAUUUAUAUCUAAUAAUGAUCAUUUAUUUAUUCUUUUUUUUAAGAUUCUAUCAUUGUGCCAUAGUUAAAUAAGAAAAUGUCAUGUCUUUUUUUUUGAUCGGUGGUAGUAAUUUAUUUUUACAUUAUUAGUCAAAUAAAAUUAGGUGUAGGUUGCAUAUUAUGGGAACUACUUUAAUUUAACGAGACUGACGAUAAAUUUUAUCAAAACACAAAAAUGUAUUUCUUACAAACUUAUUAUGCCGUGUUAUCAUUAUUUCUAAAAAUAAAACUUGCAUGUUAUAUUAUCUUAAAA